UGACACUGUUGGCCCGCCGGUUUGCAGUUACGUGACCGUGGAGGCCGAUCUUGCGGCCUGGGCCUGGAGUGGGCACCAUGGAUCCGGUGAUGACGGCACAUCAUCAUCAUCGGGUGCCAUGCCCAGUUUGAGCUUUGACUGCCAUUGCCCUCGCACUCCUGUUUCAGGUCAAGUGGAUCAAUUCAUUGAUCUACAAGGUGUGACUGCCUCCUGGAACAAGUUGUACUCGCAGCUUUCCCCUCCUUGAUGCACUGUUGAUCCAGCUCCCCCGUUGUGAACAUAAUUCCUCAAGCUACAGCUUCCCAACUGAAUGACUGUGGGAGAUCGUGGUCCAGGCCAUGGCUUUAAUCGAAGGAGUGGGUGAUGAGGUGACUGUGCUGUUCAGCCUGGUAUUCAUCUUGCUGGUUCUUGUCCUGUCAUGGGCUUCCACUCACACCAUCGAUCAAGGCGACCAAGCACAGCAACUUGCUGAUGGUUCUCCCGUGGAGCUGCAGGACCCUACCUGCCCAUUUUCCACUGAGGCCUCGGCACAGCCUGCAGCAUCUGAGACUGGAACAAUAGCAGCAGGAUGCACAGCAGAGAGACAGAGGGACGGUGCAGAGGGGGAGAUGGAGAGACAGAGGGACAGUGCGGAGGGGGAGGUGGAGAGACAGAGGGACGGUGCAGAGGGGGAGGUGGAGAGACAGAGGGACGGUGCAGAGGGGGAGAUGGAGAGACAGAGGGAUAGAGACAAGGAGGAGCAGGAGUGGCAGAGGGAUGAAGGGCGGGAGCAGAGGAACAGGUCAGAGGGGCAGAUGGACAGGGUGGAGGAGGAGAGGCAGGAGAAAGAGAAGAGAAAUGACAUAGAGGUGCAGGUUGUGCCUGAACCUGAGGAGGCGUGGCCCACAGUCAGUGCCACUGAGGACCUGGUUUCAGAUCCUGUGCCUGUACAGUUACGGCAGCGACUGACCACAGCAAGAGGCAGGGAUGCAGCUGAGACUCUGGCCAUCGUUGGCCAUCUUCCCCACAGUGACUCUGCACAGGACAGCUCCAUGGUGAUGAGACUGAAGUUUUUAAAUGAUACGGAGAGAAUAGUUCAGGUCAGACCUGAACAUACGAUUGGACACAUAAAAAGGACUCAGUUUCCCCACCAGGAGCACCAGGUGCGUCUUAUAUACCAAGGGCAGCUGCUGGGAGAUGACACACAGACACUCUCCUCACUUCACAUCACGGGCAACUGUGUAGUUCACUGCCACAUCUCGCAGAAUGCAACUCCACAGUCUCCAGCAGGGAGCCAUGCAGCGGAGAACACUGACACCACCCUCAACAUCGGGGGUCUCAUGCUGCCCCUCUUCCUCCUUAUGCUCUCCAUUCUGUGGUAUUACCAGAUCAACUAUCGGCACUUCUUCACACCACCUGCUACGAUCUCGCUGGUCGGCAUAACCAUUCUCUUCAGCUUUGUGGCUUUUGGAGCUUACCGACGAUGAGAUUGUGAGCUGGCUGUGUACUCCAUUCAGGACUGGCAUCAAUGCCAAUUUUUAUCAAUUGAAACUGGCAGUCAUUUUGAAGGUGUGAUUAUAAUGUUACUGUGUGGUUUUCUGCUUUGUUAUGGAGCUGUUUGAUAAGGCAAUAGUGCUGUCACUGACAUCGAUAAAGCUCUUUGCACCUUAUGACUGCAGUCUGGUCAUUGUUUUACCCCCUGCCUACUCUGCAGGGGUAUGUAGCGAUUGGGGAUUCUCAUCACCUUAUCCACCAUUGUCCAUGUUGGGUCCAGCCUGGCCAGGGAAGCUUCAUAUAUGUGCAUGCUUCUGAAGGGGAGAUAAAACAAAAACAAGGUGUUCCUCUGCUCCACUAACUGGAAGUUGAAGGGCCAGCUUCAUAAUCCAAGUCAGUUACGGCUGGAAAAUUUAAAAAAUCCUGGAGCCAUUUAACCCAUCUACUUGACUCCUGCUUUUUCCAUACCCCUGUAUUAUUCCCAAGCUUAACCCCAGUGACCUAUUCUCUCAACCAUAUCCCAUUGCUUUUUUUCUUUAGUUGUAUUGAUUCAAGUAUUUUUCCAGUAGUUUCUUAAAAAUGCAGUGCAUUUCAUCCUAUUAUUCCCUGCUCUGUCAUUAUUCAUAAAAGGAGGUCUGGAUGUUUCCUGGGGUUGAGCGGUUUGAUCUUUACUGCAAGUCUUCCAGCUUUCUAAUUACUGGCUCUACCUGUAAACUUUGUGUUUUGAUCUUGUGUCACUUAGGUAUACUUAUUUGUUAUUCAAAGAUAUUAUAAAAACUCCACUCUCCCUUUACGCAUUUCUUUAAAAGGCUGAGGUAUGGAAAUUAUCUGGAUGUAGACAAAGGGUAGUGAUUGAUGGAAAUUGUUCUUGCUGGAUGUUUGUGACUAGUGAUGAUCAAUGGGGAUCCAUGCUGGGACCUCUCCAGAUUGUGAUAUACUGUAAGUGACCUGGAUGAAAAUGUGGAUGGGUGUGUCAGUAAGUUUGCAGGCAAUAUGAUGCUUGGUGGCAGGCCCUCAGAGGCUCAAGUGUUGUAGAUAAUGAUAUCAUAUUUUAAUUUGAAACUGUAAAUAGUGCAUUUAAUUAAAAUCUAAAUGUUGCUUAUUUGUACAUUGUGAUAUUGCAGUCAUUUAAACAAACUUCUGUAUUUUGAAAAAAAAAAGAUUGAUGGUGGAUCAGAGGUGCAAAUGGACUUUGGAGUCCUCAUGCAAGACUUCCAGAAGGUUAAUUUACAGGUUGAGUCUGUGGUAAAGAAGGCAAAUGCAACAUUGGCAUUUAUUUCAAGGGGAAUAGAAUAUAAAAGCAAGGAGAUAAUGCUGAGGCUUUAUAAGACACUAGUCAGGCCACACUUGGAGUAUUGUCAACAGUUUUGGGCACCUUAUCUCAGAAAGGAUAUGUUGUCAUUGGAGAGAAACCAGAGGAGGAUGAUUCCAGGAAUACAGGGGUUAAGAUAUGAGGAGCAUUUGACAGCUUUGGGCCUGUAUUCACUGGAAUUUAGAAGAAUGUAGAGGGAUCUCAUUGAAAAUUGCUGAAUGUUGAAAGGACUAGAAAAGGUGGAUGUGGAAAGGAUGUUUCCUGUGGUGGGGGUAUCCAGAGCUAAAGGGCACAGCCACAAUAUUUAUAGACUUUAUAGAACAGAAGAGAGGAAACUGUGUUGACUAGGUUAAGGCUGGGGCACUGUGCAUUAAACAAAACAUUGAAAAUGAUAGGGAAACACCAGACAGUAUUGUGUGAGGAAUGUCGGGAAGAGGAGUCAGUAGAACAUGUAGUUCUGAGUUGUAGGAAGUAUGGGAUACAGAGAGAGAUGAUGAGAAUUAAUCUAAGGGAAUUGGGGGUGCAAGAAUUCACAUUAAAAGGGUUGCUGGACAUGAGUGAGAAAGCACAGGUCAGGGUAUUUUUAGCUUUCUUAAGAGGUACAGGGGUUUUUUAUAGGAUAUGAUGGAUAAGCAGGAAUAGGGUACGAGGAUAGCCAAAGACGGGAGGAUAAGAUGUAGUUAGGGUAUGUGUGUGUGUGAUUGGGUGAAGGGAUUUAAAAUGUAAAUCUAUUACACACUUUGGAACAGAAGGUGACGCUAAUGCACCAUCAAGCUGGGUGCCAGCCACCAUAAAACAAGAAGAAGACCUUAUAGAACAGAGGCAAGGAAGAUUCUUUUUUAGGCAGAGAGUAGUGAAUCUAUGGAAUACGCUGCCACAGACUGCGGUGGAGGCCAAGUCCAUGGGUAUGUUCAAAGCGGAAGUUGAUAGUUUCCUGAUUGGUCAGGGCAUCAAUGGAUAUGGUGAGAAGGCAGGUGUAUGGGGUUGAAUGGGAUCCGGGAUCAACCAUGAUGGGAUGCUGGAGCAGACUCAAUGGGCUGAAUGGCUUAAUUCUGCUCCUAUGUCUUAUGAUCUUGCAGCAUAGAAGACUGGCAAAGGGUACAGUGGGAUAUAGAUCAGUUGAAGAAAUGGGAGAUGGAAUUUAACCUGGCCAAGUUUGAGGUUUUGCUCUUUGGGAGAUGAAAUGUAAAGGGACGGUACUUUCUUGAUGGCAAGAUCCUCAACAGUGUUGAUGGAGAGAGGGAUCUUGGAGUCUAAGUUCAUUGAUAAGGUGGUAAAGAGGAUGUAUGGCAUGGUUGCCUUUAUCAGUCAAGGAACUGAGCUCACAAGUUGGGAAGUUAUGUAAUUGUAUAAAACUCUCUCGGCCAUGUCUGGAUUUUGCAUUCAAUUCUGCUUGACUCAUUACACUGGACAACAAAGUUUUUGCUUUCUGUAUACUUUUGGGUGUAUUUUUGGAUUUUGGGCUGCUGCUCAUGAAAAUCACCACGAAAUUUCUCUACCACGCACCAAUUUUUUUGAAAUUGCUGCGGUUGCUAUUUCAAUUCAUGAUUCAUGUCAACUAAAAUGUUGCCAACAACAUAAGCUGAAAAGUUUUUUUUUAUCUAGUCCAGCCAUGCCUGAGCAUGCUUGGGCAGGGCAAAUGCAUGGCAGGAUAGGUUUUAGAAAGACUAUAAAAGCAUCACGCACCCACCGUUCUUUGCAUUGCGUUUACUUGUAAAUCAAUUUGCAAUCACGUUGAUGUGCCUGCUGUAGGGGCACAGUAUAUUGUGUGUACUCAUUAUAAUAAAGUAAAUGUAUUUUCAAGAGUAUUUGUGAUAGCAAAAUGUCUUGCCAAUGUUACAACAACCAUGAUAUUUUGUUAUAUUGGUGAUGAAUAUACACCUGAAUCUCAAAGACUGAGCAUGACUCCUUACUAAGAAAACCUAUGUUGGGUGUAAAAUUUGCACCCAAGACAAAGCCUGGGCUCCUCAUAUUUGUUGCUCAACAUGCACAAUCGAUCUUGGAGCUUGGCUCAGCGGAACUCAGAAGUCAAUGCCGUUUGCCAUCCUGAUGAUAUGGUGAAAGCAGAAGGAUCAUGUGACAUACUGCUUCUUCUGUCUGACCAGAAACAAGAAAUCUAUUGAAUACCCCAAAAUCCCUUCAGCUGUAAGACCGAUGCUGCAUGCCGGUAGUCUUCCAGUACUGAAGUCACCAAAGAAAUGCAGUCUAGAGGAGGCAGACAAAGAAGCUGUGAUGCAUGAGCCAGGAAUGGAAAGCAACACCGAUACUGAUACAGAUUUUCAAUCCUUUGUCGAGUGAGCGUCAUCUGAUAACCUGAUCUGAGUUAAAUGAUCCAAUCAGAGACUUGGAUUUGUCAAAGGCAAAAGCAGAAUUAUGGGGUGUAAGACUGCAAGGGUGGAAUCUGCUGUCGCCAGGCACAAAAUUUCUCCAGAAGGAUUUUUACUAUUUGAGAAAUUUCAGAAUCGGGUUUAUUAUCACCGGUAUGUGUCGUGAAAUUUGUUGACUUAGCAGCAGUAGUCCAAUGCAAUACAUAAUAUAGAAGAAAAUCUAUUAAUUACAAUAUAUGUAUAUUGAAUAGAUUUAAAAUUGUGCAAAA